ACGCGCUCACACACACACACUCAACAUGGGCGAGCGGGGACAGUGCAGCAGCUGAACACCAGCUCACACAGCUUCACACACUCCAUCUCCAUCUCCGUGUGUGUAUGUGUAUAUGUGUGCAUGUGUGUGUGUGUGUGUGUGUGCGUGCGUGUGUGUGUAUGUGUGUGUUUAUCUGGACUCGUCCGGAGCUGCUGAGGAGCGUCGCCGUCUUUUUCCACACACACACAACACACACUGAGUCAAAUGCUGGAGGCGCAAAGUAAAGUGUCCGCAGGGUCAGUGAUGGAGUUCACCACCGAAGAGGAUUUAGAGGAGCUGUGUCCUGUGUGCGGGGACAAAGUGUCCGGUUACCACUACGGCCUGCUCACGUGCGAGAGCUGCAAGGGCUUUUUUAAGCGCACUGUGCAGAACAAUAAGAGAUACACCUGUAACCAGAACCAGGACUGCGGCAUCGACAAGACGCAGCGCAAGAGAUGCCCUUUCUGUCGCUUCCAGAAGUGCCUCAGUGUCGGCAUGAGGUUAGAAGCGGUUCGCGCUGACCGUAUGCGAGGAGGGAGGAACAAGUUUGGCCCCAUGUACAAACGAGACCGCGCUCUGAAGCAGCAGAAGAGAGCUCUGAUCCGAGCAAGCGCCUUCAAAUUGGAGCCCAACCCACCACUAGUGCCCUCCAACCAGGCAGAGUAUCCGUUCCCAGGCUCAAUGCCCGGUCUGCUGCCUCCCCUCGGCCCUCCAGACUAUGAUUGCCUACCUACGUGCCCCCCCUCUUUAGGGGUGGCCCUGCACAGCUAUGGCUCCUUCCCAGCCCAGUAUCAGUACACCACCCCGACUGUGCCCGGUAGAUCCAUCAAAGCAGAGCAUCCGGACCCGUAUUCCGGUUCUCCUGACUCAUCUCUUGGGUAUCCGUAUGCCGAGGGCUGCAUUCCCGCCUCACCACAGACCAGCCCCCUGAACCCAGCCGUGCCCUCGCUGGUUCUGGAGCUGCUUAGCUGUGAGCCUGAUGAGGAGCAGGUGAGAGCAAAGAUCUGUGCCUACCUGCAGCAGGAGCAGAGUGGGCGUGGCAAGCUGGACAAACCCCGACCCUCCAACUUGCUCUGCGUGAUGGCGGACCAGACCCUGUUCUCCAUCGUGGAAUGGGCGAGAAGCUGCAUCUUCUUCAAGGAGCUAAAGGUCGGAGAUCAGAUGCAACUGCUACAUAACUGCUGGAGCGAGCUCCUGCUUCUGGAUCAUGUCUUUAGACAGGUGCAUCAUGGGAGAGACCAUACUCUGCUACUCAUCACUGGCCAAGAGGUGGAGCUUGCGGGCAUCGUGUCUGACUCGGGUCUCACUCUCUCGAGUCUCGUGCAGAGGGGACAGGAACUGGCACGGCGACUGCAGCUGCUCCAGGUCGACCGCCGUGAGAUGGCCUGCCUCAAGUUCCUCAUCCUUUUCAACCCCAACGUGAAGCUGCUGGAGAACCAGGCACUAGUGGAGAGCGUGCAAGAGCAGGUGAACAGCGCUCUGCUGGAAUACACACUCACCUCGUACCCUCAGCAUGUGGACAGGUUCAGUCAGCUGGUGCUGCGGCUGCCGGAGGUUCGUGCCCUGAGCGCCCAGGCCGAGGAGUACCUGAGCUCCAAACACCUGAGCGGAGAUGUGCCCUGCAACAACCUGCUCAUCGAGAUGCUGCACGCCAAGAGAGCCACCACCAUCUGAACCAGAGGUGUGUGUGUGUGUGUGUGUGUGUGUGUGUGUGUGUGUGUGUGCGUGCGUGUGUGCGUGCGUGGGAUCACCACUGAGCCGCGAAAGCUUAAGGACACUGGGAGCUUUUCUAUUUCUUAAGUGCUAUUAACACCGUAUCUGAUGUCGUUUGUGCAUCGUGUGUGGCUAGUAAACAUGUGCCGAUCUUUAGUUGCCGUGGAAACUAAUUUAGCUUUAUGAUAUCGUCACUGUAUUUUAAACAUCGUCUUGGGUGGCAUUUCAGCUGCAGCGAUGGUUCUCUCCAUUGUGUUGAACAGAAUUAUAGGAUCGAUACACACCUUUAAAGUGUUCCCUUCAGUCUUUGGCCGAAAAUACUGUUAUACCGUUUCCACGGUAACAACAUAUAACGUAUAUCAUGAGAUAUAUCAUAUUACCAAUUAGCGUCACACGCCUGGUGGCAAGAUAUCAUUUCCAGUUUGGACAGUGAAAUUGAUGAUCAUUAUAUAACCACUGUGAGUUCCUAUUUUUUUGGUAGUAUUACGGAAUAUGACAUGUUUAUCGAACAUGUUUCGCAUCGGCGCGUCAUUUCAUUCUGGACUGAUAUUUCAUUUUCACUGCUUUUCCUUUAAUGUUAUGAAGGAGAUGAAAAAGUGGAAGCGCUAGAAAAAAAAAACAACAACAACAACAAAAAAACUAAACAGAAUUUCGGUUGAAUCUUUGAAGGCUUAAUCUCUAUUAUGGUUCCUUUCAAUAUUUUAACAUAACUGACAAGCAUUUUCUUUUUUUUUUCCCCCUCCCGUUCCAAGUUUUUCAAACCAGAUGGCACUGUGUGGCGGACGGAACUGUGAAUAAUAUUUCCAGCGCUUUGAAACAAAGUGAACAGUUUUUAAAAUUCCUGCAUUCGUUUCUCAUUCAAGCUCGGGCCGCUAGAGAAAAGCACGCGUUUACGCGGCUUACUUGCAAAAUGUUGCAGACUUUUAUUUUAAAAACUGGUAUGAGAGAGAGAGAGAGAGAGAGAGAGAGAGAGAGAGAGCAAUUUGCUAAGUCACAGAUGCUAGGCCUUCUUUUUUCUGUUUUUUUUUCUGUAGUUUUAAUAUCACAAGUUUUCUCACAUUUAAUUCGUAAUUACUGUACGAAUUAAUUCAUAUAAUAUUAUAAUGCCUCUUUUUUAUACAUAAAAACUGAAAAGAUUUCUUUUUUUUCUUUUUUUGAUAACGACACAAUUUCCGAGCAAUUUUUGAGCGUCGGAACCUCUGAAACAGUCUCGGCCGGCCUCGUUUUUGUAGUUUGCCCCCGAUAUACUGUGAAAAUGUGCUAUACCGUUUUUUAAUUAAUAUUACGACUUCAAAAUUGUGUCAAACUUAUGGUAAAUUGCCACAAGAGGUAUUUAGGUCCUGUGAUUGAUAAAUACAAAUACCUUUAUUGUUAUUAUCCAAGUACAACGAGAGUGCUUCUGUAUUCUGUUCCGUUGUUAUUUUUGUGUAUUAUUUUCCUGCGUUUUUGAUGGUUCUAGUACCAUGUGGAUGUGCCAGUGUACAUAUUUGAUGUGCAGUGUACAUGAGCUGGUAUUGGGUAAAAAAAAAAAAAAAAAGAAAAAAGAAAAAAAUGCUUGUUAGCAGAAUAUUCGGCUCGAUCUGUCUUUUUGCGAGUUUGUCUUUUAAAAUCGAUUAUUUACGUGCCACUGAAUUCACCAAAAAUAUCGCUUAUGUGUGUAACUAAUUGGCAGACAGUUGAAAAGUUGUGCCUGCUUUGACCUUGAAAUAUUGCAGGUCGGAUAAAAUUGCAGAGUUGUCGGAUAAAACAAUUCCGAGAUCUUGGAAAUGUAAUGUUACCGAUACAUGGAAUGUUGAAAGCUUAUUGAUCAUCUUUCACAUCGAGGCUUAAGUAUGGGUUUUAUGAGUUCUUAAUUGCUUUCAGUUGGAGCUACAAGAGAACGGUAGAGUCUAAAGAAAACAACAGGCGGAUAUUUUCUUUUUAUUUUCUUUAUUUCUUACAUUUCUAAAAAGAAAUAUUAUUAUUAUUAUUAUUAUUAUUAUUAUUAUUGUUUUGUUUUGUUUUUUUGCUCUUACCUGUUUCACGCUAUCGUGAGCUGUGAGCGAGCUUCAGCUUGAACUUUUCCCUGUUGGACAGUGCAAGUUUGCAUUUUUUGACAUAUUUUAUAUUUUAUUUAUUGAGUAGAAGCUUUUUAUCCACAGCAGAGCGGUUUUCGGUUCCCAUGGUAAUUCUAAUGCCUGACUAUUUUCCCCAUUUAAUCCUCAAUAGGAUGAAAUAUUGCAGCAAUUUCUCAAUGAAUGCAUUUAUUCCUUCUGUGUAUGCGUUUAUCUGGAGUCACUAAGAAGUGAAAAAUCCAAUCCGAACAUUAUAAACUAUGGGUUUUUUGGGUUUUGUUUUUUUUUGUUUUUUUUUAAAAAAGGAUUUCAUUCUUUCAACGGAAUUGCACAUUCAAAGUGUCAAAAUCUGAACAAGUUUAAAAAAUGUUUCUAUGAGUGUAUGUUGAAAGUGUUAUUGCAUCAUAAAAAAGACGGGCCAAUCGGUUUUCAGUAUGCAAAUGCACUCCAGAGAGCACUAGUGGAGGAUUUUGGAGGAUUUGUCUUUUUCUGUAAAAUCAGGAUUUUUUGGUUGUAGGUAAAAUUGUGUGUUUUUCAUCUUGAUUAUGUUUUUUGUUUUUCUUGAACUGGAUUGUGGAAAAAUUGAUGAUGUAAUGCAAAGAAAAUGUAUUUACUUCAAAGCAAAUUUAAAUAUUAGGAUUGGUGAAAUUCAGUCUGUUUUCUGUAAAGUGAACCUAAACAUUAUCAAAUAUGUUUAUUAUUUGAUUUUUUUUUUUUUUUUUCUCUCAUUAUUUUUGGAAACUUUCUCAGGCUCCAUUCUUUUUAAGAAGCUGGAAAAAAAUCUCACUUUUACAUCAUAAAUUAGAAGGGUCAAUCAGGUUCCAGUAUGCAAAUGCGCUCCAGGGAACACUAGUGCACCAGAGAAUGGCGUUAGAGCGUGUAAGAUCUGGGACAUUUACAUAUUCGAAUCAUAUUCAUAUUAAAAAUCAGGAUUUUUAUUUGAAAUUAAUGUAAAAUAGACGGUGCUUUUCAUUGACAGUUUUUUUUUUCCCAUGAAAUGCCAUAUGGAUGAAUCGAUUGAUAGAAAAAACAAACAAAAAUUUUCUACAAAACAGCAUUGAAACGUGAGGACUGGCGAUACGUGUUUGGACUCUUACAAAUACAACCUACCUGUUCAAAAACGGCAAACUUGCAAUAAUACUAUUAAUGCCAAAAUAGAAGAAUAUACAGUAUAACCCUGCUUAUUGUAUCAACGGUAACAGCACGGAUAAACCGAGCACACCUAGGUGGACAUAAAUCGACGUGCUGAGGGUGUUUCUAAUUUUGUGGAUCCUUUCUCUCUCAACUGGUGUCAAUUAUUUCAUCAACCACCUGCGCAUCCUUUUCAAAAACGCUCUUCUCUUUUUAAAAAUACUGACAAAUACUGUAAGUGUGUGCGUUUGAAGCCCCAAUCAGGAUAGCGGGAGAAUCACUGCGCCAUAUGUUUUCCACAUUUCAGACAAACCCGUGCUCCAUUUCUAUUCAGUUCCAUGCAGCUCGAGCAUCUUUGUGCAUACGCAUCCUGACUGGGACUGUAACUGAAAAAAAAAUAAUGCAUUUUCACUCUAACGUUUGUGUAUUUAUACGUAGUAAUGUGCUGAAACCACACUUCUAUUCUCUCUCUCUCUCUCUCUCUCUCUCUCUCACUCUUUUUUUCUUUUAUUUUCUUAGUGUUUUUCUCUGGAAGAGUGUAAUUGUAAAAACGUGUUCUGUCCUUUCUAGCUACAAUCAGCAUCAGUAUUGUUUAGACGGCGGUUAUUCAGAAACACUUAGAGGUCAAGCUACGAAACGAUGAAGCUGAAGACAGAAAUAGUAUUUAUUUAAAUAAUGUCAGAUACAGAGGUGAUAUAAUACGGAAAUACUUCAUUUACGUAAAAAAAAAAAAAAAGAAAAGAAAAAGAAAAAUCUUUUGUGCUUGUCCACAUUAUCUGACUGCAAAGUGCUUUAUUUCUUAUCAAAAUGUGAAAUAAAGAAAUGAAAUUAUAACAA